AUGGCGUAUGACUACCAUGGUCUGUGGGAGAACGUCACUGGCCUGGGAUCGCCGCUGGAUGCACCCGAGGGUGAUCUCCUGAACGUUAGAUCCACAAUGAACUAUUACCUGCAACAUGGAGCCUCGAAGGAAAAGCUAAUUGUUGGAUUAGGCGUGUAUGCUCGGACAUGGUCACUGAUUCCUGAAUCUACUUAUACAGGUGUUGGGGCUCCAGCUGUAGCUGGAGGUAUUGCUGGGAUGUACACGAGGGAACCAGGCGUACUUGCUCACUAUGAGGUCUGCAACCUGUUGAAAAAUGGCUACACAGCGCAGCUAGACCCCCAGGGAAAGGUCAUGUACGCUUACAAAGGAAAUCAAUGGGUUACUUACGAGGAUCGAGAGACUAUCGGGUUCAAGCUCAACUACAUCUUAGAAAAUGACUUUGGAGGCGCUAUGAUCUGGUCGUUGGAUCACGACGAUUUUACCGGGUCGUUCUGUCAAGAAGGCGUCAACCCUUUAAUCACUGUCAUUUCAGGCACUUUGAUCAACGCCCCUGAGUGA